AUGGACAGCAAACCCGCAGUCAGCGGCCGUCCGCGACUCUCACGGCUGCCUCUGCCCACGGCGACGCCCUCCAGGUCCCUGAGGCCGUCGCCGUCGAGGGACAGGCUGCAGGCAGACGCAGGACUCAAGGUAUCGAGGCUUCGGCGGCCGUCUGAGGACCUCUUCGGCAGGCCAUAUUCCCCUGCUGGCUCGAGCGAGUCUGAUCUUCUGGCGGACGGACACCCCGAGACAACCACGGCCUCGACUGCUACCGCUACCGCUUCUCUGCGCCCCCAGCCCUUCGGCAGGCCAUCUCACCUGAACGAGUCGCUUCUGCUGGACCCGGCCGACACCAGACAGGGCCGCAGUCCCUCCCGCAAUGCCUCCAGGCCCUCCCUGUCAGACCGAACCAUCGAGACGCUCGCCCAGAUUCCGGGUUCGCCCUCGCCCGGUAGGAGAAGGUCCGGCUUCAUGGUAGAGUCCAGGAGGUCUCCGUCACGGCAGUCCCUGAACGGAGCCCCUUUGUCCCCCGCUCCCUCGGUCAGGAGUCUGAGGCUGUCCAGGUCUCCGUCCGCUGCCAGCACAACGCGAGAGCGUCCGGUGGGCCAGCGGAACGGCAUGCUAGAGACGCGCGAGGAGGGUGUCGAGGAGGAGGCAGGUUCGGCAGGCUCCAUGCCCCGGAAACCGGCACGUCCAGCUCUCACGGCCAGCAAGAGCCAGAGCAUGAUAUCACGGAAGCCAAAACAGAGACCGUCUCUAAGCCAGGUGUUCAGGGAGACGCCUGAUCCAGAGCCCAGCGGCACAAUUGAGCCGCUUUCGAUACCCAAGACCAGGAAGCCGCCGUCUACCAUCUCAUCCAGCCUCACCUCGCCGACUUCUUCGGUCUCCAGACGAUCGCCGAGGACCUCCAUCACGUCCGACGGAUGCACGCCCAACGAGCCACCCCCGAAAGAACCGGAGCCAACAAAGAAGGCUGUCAAGUCAUCCAGUGCCCUCCGGGAGAGCAUAGCCAAGGCGAAAGCCGCUCGCAAAGCAGCACAGCAGCAGCAGCAGCAACAGCAGCGCGAAUCGUCCGGUAGAUUCCCCGACGUGCCUGAAGAAGCCAGCCUGCAGGAUCCAUUCAACCAGCUGUCCGGGAUGCAGCCAACCGGUGCCGCCUUGCAGAGCAGAACCGCAUCAGCCCGGAAAUCGGGCCAUUUGAACAUAUCAGCGAUGGGUCUGGCCGAGAUACCCGACGAGGUCUUGACCAUGUACACCUUUGAUCCAAACAGCAACGAUGUCUGGUAUGAAAACGUCGACCUGGUCAAGUUCAUGGCAGCAGACAACGAGUUGACUUCGCUGCCGGACGAGGCAUUCCCUGACAUCGAUAUCACCGACUUUAACCCCGAUGAGCCCGGUCCAAACGCUCAGUUCGGUGGCCUGGAGCACAUCGACCUGCACGGGAACAAGCUGUCUACUCUCCCCGUCGGUCUGAGGAGGCUACAGAGACUUCGCAGCCUGAACCUGUCGAAGAACAGGCUGGAUACCAUGGAGACCCUCGAAGUGGUCUUCGGUAUAGAGAGUCUGACCGAGCUAAAGCUUGCUGAGAACAAUCUGUCCGGCACGCUGGCUCCAGAGGUAGGGCGUCUCGUCAGGCUAGAAGUCCUGGAUCUACACGGGAACAGUCUCACCGGGCUCCCUGAUUCUAUAGCAGACCUAACCGCGCUGCGGAUCCUGAACCUUUCCGAGAACAGGCUCUCUUCCCUUCCCUUGAUGGCUAUGAAGGAUCUUCCCCUGACAGAGCUUAACGUCUGGAAGAAUAGGCUGGAUGGCUACUUCUUUCCAAAGGCGUUCAAGCGACAUGAUACCUUGCAGAUACUGAACGUUGCAACCAACAACCUGGAUGAGCUAUCCGCAGGAGAUACCAUCGAGUUGCCAAACUUGCAACAGCUGUUCGUAGAACAGAACUGUCUAAAGACACUCCCGAAUAUAUCGUCAUGGAAGUCCCUGUUGACCGUAAUAGCCUCGGAGAAUCGCCUCUCUGCCUUACCAGAAGGCCUGACCGAUCUUGAGAAUAUAAAACACCUAGAUUUCGUAGGGAACGAUAUCAGGCUGAUUGACGACAACGUCGGCUUCAUGGAGAGUCUCGUCACACUCCGUAUAUCUAACAACCCUCUCCGCGAAAGGAAGCUCCUGGCCAUGGACACCGAGGAGCUGAAGCGAGAACUCUGCGGCCGGCGUGAAGUCAAGGAACCAUCGCAGGACGAAGAAGAGGGCUCCGUGCAAACGGAAUUCACGCUGGCACCCGAAAGUCCCACGGCCACCAUCACUCACGCAUGGCGAGUCAAGCAACGCGGUGUCCUGGAUCGCUCCUCCACCAACCUCUCUGACCUUGAGCCAUCAGACAUCGAACCGUUGAUCGCCAAAUCCGACAUCAGAUGUCUCUACCUCCAACGUAACCGGCUGGAGAAAUUCCCCGUACCGGCACUGUCGCUCAUAGCCCAUUCCCUAAUCGACCUCGACCUAUCCAAUAACCCCGUUGGACGUACAGAGCUCACUACACCCUUAUCGCUCCCCAACCUCCAAAACCUGACUCUCUCUUCCGCAGCCCUGACAUCCCUUGAGCCUCUUCUGGCCAACCUCUCGGCACCCUCACUUUCUUUCCUCGACGUUUCGAUAAAUCGUCUCAAGGGCCCUGUGCCGGUCAUGCGUGCCACAUACCCUAACCUAGUCACUUUCCUCGCAUCGGAAAAUGCGUUCGACAGCCUCUCCUACGAGGCCGUCGAAGGCCUGCAGGUCCUUGACGUGGCGAACAAUGAUAUCGACGCUUUGCCUCCGAGAGCAGGUCUUUUGGGAGUGGACGAUGUUCCCCCUGGAGUGAAUGCGCUGCGGCGAUUCGAGGUUGCUGGGAAUCGGUUCAGGGUUCCUAGGUGGCAGAUUGUUUCAAAGGGGACGGAAGCAAUACUGGACCAUUUAAAGAAUAGAAUCAGUGAAGCUGAGAUGAAGGAAUGGAAAGCCGGUGUGUAA